UAUUGGAAUACUGCCUCUGAAUACUUUGCCCCUUUUAACCCUGCUGGCUCUGCAUGGUCCUGUCAUGCCAAAUGUGGCCUCACCUGACUCUGUUUUUCCCUGUUUGGCCCUCUUUAGAUUUAUUUAGCCUCUAUGGACAGCCUGGCUCUGUUUAGCACCUUUUGGUCCUGCAUGGGUCUGUGAAGCCCAGGUGCCCUGUCUGGUUGUUAUUAGCCCAAUGUUGGCCCUGCAUGGCUUUCCAUACCUCCCUAUGGCUCUGUCUGGGUCUGUUUAGCCCUGUGUGGCCCUAUACUUGGCUCUGUUUGGUCCUGUUGGCCCUGUCUGGCUUUGAUUGACCCUGGGUGUCCUGCAUGGCUCUUGCUAGCUCUGCACGGCUCUGCGUGGAUCACUUUAUUCCUCUUUUAGACCCGCCUGGCUCGGUUUGGCCUGGUUUGGCCCUGCUCAGCUCUGUGGUCUACAUUCUAUUGAGCUUCACACUAAAAAGCUGCAGAACGAGAGGAGGAGGAGGAACCUCUGAUGUUCCUAUUGGCCGAGGAGUUUUUCAGGCUCACUCUGAUUGGCUGGCAGAGCGAGAGCAGGGAAUCCCUCAGGGCUCCCUCUGUCUUUGUCUCAGUUUAAAAGCACAAACAGUCCAGCCAAGCCUCGCUGCUCCAGGUAGUCCUCCAGUCGGCCGAAGACCAGGCCUGAAUCCAAAGCCCUGGUCUGUUGCAGAGAGACAACAGUGCAGCUGUUGUUUUCAAGACCAUAAAUCUCCCUGAAUACUGCCAGUCUGCUGCUACAUGGUCUGAGGCUGUAACAUAGGAGGUACCUGUAAUAUUUAGCCAAGCACAGUGAAUACAUUGUUCAGAAAAGUCAGAAAGAGAAACAGAGGUGAUUGAGUGCUGUAGUUUUACUGAGGCAAAAAGAGACUUAUCGGUUUCCCCUUCAGCGGCGUGUUGGAGCAGGAGGUGAAGAAACCUGCUGAGUUCAUGUUGCAGAGGGUGCAGAAGGAGAGCCGGCAACAGGACGAGUCAAGAGGGAAGAGUGGAGAAGAAAAACAGAACAGACAACAAAAAGCAGGAGUCCACAGCUGAAGAGGAGAAAGGUGAACAGUUAAAUUGCAGUGGGCUGUGGAGAGCCGGUGGAGCAGAGCGGCAGCAGGAGCGACUGUGGGCGGGGAGAGAGGAAGUGUGGUCGACAGGAGAGGAAUUUAAGCCCCAUUGUUCUGAAAGAGCAGAGGCAGAGAGAGCCGAAGAGUCAAACAGCCGACAGACGCUGGACAACAUGGACGUGAGCUCAGCCAUGGAGAAGAUGUCUGUAAAGCAGAGUGCAGGAGGUGCAGCGGUGUGUCACGUAUGUGAGGAGAGCUGCUCUGGAUUCCAGCCACAUUCUUGGAGGAAAGCAUGUGUCGCCUGCGGCUGCAGCGCGGUCGACCACGCUCCUGGAAGUGACGUGGAAGAUGACCAGCGAAUGGGACGCCUGCUCGCAGACUCACCCUGCUCCCAUUUGACAGCGAAGGUUAAAGGAGGCGGCGGCCUUCGCAUCUACAAGAGGAACCGUAUGAUUGUGACCAAUCCAGUGGUGUCGCGCAAAGACCCCACCUUCAACACCACGACAUACGUCUGGGCGCCGGCCGGCCUCAACCAGACACUGGCCAUGCAGUACAUGGAGCUCAUCCCAGACAGUCUACGUCCCGUCUUGGGGACAGAUGGAGCGUUGGAGCGACGCAGGCAGCUCUUCAGUCAGCUCCCUGCCUACGAUCAGGACCCCAUGAAGUGUCAGAGCCUUGCCAGUGAUGAGGAGAUAUCCUCCAUGCUGCUGUUUGUGAAGAGCUACAAACAGGAGGUGCUGGGAGUUGGGGAGGUGGCCUUACCUGGUGAGGGUGGAGCUCUGAGGGAAGCAGCCACUCAGAGGAGAGCAAAGGAAGCCAAGGACCGCAGCAACAUUGACAAAAAGGAUGCUCUUCAGCAUCAGGACCACGGCUCGACCAGCAGCAUCACUGCCUCUGCUACUGGCUCCACUAAUGGAACAGAUGACAGCACUAAGACUGGAUAUCGGUGCACUGGUUGCCAAGGUGACGUUGCCAAAGAGAGUCCAGCUGUUUAUGCUGAGCGUGCAGGUUACCAUAGCGCCCUGUGGCAUCCAACCUGCUUCGUAUGUUCAGAGUGUGGCCAGGGAUUGGUGGACCUGGUCUACUUCUGGUCCAAUCAGAAGCUGUACUGUGGACGACACUACUGUCAGACGGUGUGGCCGCGGUGCUCAGGCUGCGAUGAGUUGAUCUUCUGUCAGUCUUUUCACACGGCAAAAGAUGGACGCACGUGGCAUCAUCAUCAUUACUGCUGCUGGAAGUGUGGACAAAACCUGCAUGCACCUUGUCAGCACUAAGACACUCACUAUAUAGUGUUCAGUUUUAAGACUCAAGUUUAGCUCUAAAACAGAAUUACAAGGAUGGGACAAGACAAAAUAAAAACAGUAAAUCUAAUAUGGGAUGGCCUCUAGCUCACCCAGUAAGAGCGUGCGCCCCAUGUAGGUUGAGUACUUUACAAAGGCCUGGGUUCGAGUCUGACCUGUGGCCCUUUGCUGCAUGUCAUCCCCCAUCCCCUAUCUCUCUCCCACCUUUCCUGUCACUAUCAAAUAAAUGGAAAAGACCUAAAAAAAUAAUCUUUAUAUCUAAUAUUAACCGUGGUUGGUCAGCUUUUUUAUAUGAAUAAAAGAAAGACAUAAGGAUGAAAUAAUACCAAGUAAGUAGCACUUAAAGUCUUUCAAUGACAUGUUUAGUUGACAUUAACAAUUACUCUAGUGGUCUGACAGAGAUGUUUCCUGCCCAGGGACUACAGAU